UUGAAAUGUUUAAAAUGUUUCUUGACGUAUACGAUUUUGCAAACGAUCACUCGUAGCAUCAUCAUUUGUCAUCGGUAAGUUUAUUUUUUCGUAUAUACAGGGGGUUGAUAGCGAUGCCACUCAUUACGUGGCAUUUCGAGAUAUUAUAUAGACGAUCUUAUGGGUACAUUAUCAAAAGUUAUAUCACAAACUCCGCCCUUUGGAAGACGCCGCCUCCGACAUGCGCCGAGUUCAACGAUUAAUAAUUUGUUUACACAUCAUUCGAAACAAAAUGCAGAAAGCGCCAUUAGAUUUGAGUAGAAGCGGAAGGUACAAAGAAAUUAAUACUGAUACUUUAAGAUUACGGCGUUGUUAUACUUGCCAAUAUUGUAAUAAAGUUUGUGACAGACCCUCUCUACUAAAAAGACAUUUACUAAUACAUACAGGUGAAAAACCGCAUAGUUGUUCGGUAUGCGGUAAAUCUUUUAGCACAAGUAGUUCAUUAAAAACACAUGAGAGAAUACAUACCGGUGAACGUCCCCAUAAGUGUCAGUAUUGCGGAAAAGAUUUUACGGCCUCAUCAAAUUUGUACUACCAUAAAUUAACUCAUUCUAAGGUUAAACCACAUAAGUGUACAGAAUGCGACCGUUCAUUUUCAACCCCUGGCGAUCUCCGAGCACACGGAUAUACACAUACCGGAGAUUGGCCUUUAAGAUGUUCCGUAUGCGAUCGAGGAUUUUCUAAAAAAGGUGCUUUGGAUAAUCACAUGAAAGUACAUAGAGGUGAACGUCCCUAUAAAUGUUCUGUAUGUGACAGGAGAUUUUCUAUUAUUGGAAAUUUACGAUCUCACCAAAGAACUCGUUGCUCGCAAUUUCCUUUAACUAAUUUAACAGUUUCUGGAAAUGUUGAAUUAUCUGCUAUCCCGAAAAAUGGUAAUGCAAGAUUUGAAUAUUCAAAUACAAACGCAUUUCAAUUAUAUUCUAUUUUUCCGUGGGCUUUUAUGGUGCCAUUACAAUAUUGUGGGAUUCGUGAAAAAAAUUGAACCGCUGGACCGACUGGACCGGGAUUCGAACCACGGAUCUUUCGCUUUCCGGGCGACUGCUCUAUAAACAAUUGAGCUAUCCAGGGCCCACCGACCAAUCCCUCUCACGAAUGCCUGAUAAGUUUGGCAUGGAGGCGCUCGUCCCACAAUAUUAAAAUAUAAAUUAUAAUGUUUAAGUAUAUGUAAGCAAACACACACAACCACUUACAGUACGAUGAAUUUGUUUAGGAAAAUAAUGAAUCUGGUAGAUUUAGGAAAUAAUGCAUUUAUUAAUCAAAUUAUCCAACUACAC